AUGGACGAAGAGGCGCCUCAACAUCAGCUAUCCAACGGCACGAUGCUCACACCGGACGCCAUCGCAGACCUGCUCUCCCCCGCCUCGGCCUGGGCUGAUCCUGGGUCCGAGAGCCAGAGCCGCGCGCACAGGACGGCCCUGCUGGGCGAUGUGCUGUUCACAGCAAAGCAGCUGUGGAAUGUCGGCAGCGAGGAGCUUGAUGCCGUGGCUGAGAAGCUGGGUGACGGGAGUCGAGACGGUGAGGAAUUCCUUCGUGUCAUACAAGAGAAGAAACGGGUUGCUGACAUAUCCGCCGUAGCUUCAUGGAGACGGCCGCUAGGAGAUUCGGGCAUCCUGGACUUCUUCCUCUCCAUCGUCGCCACACAAGGCCUCCGUCCGGAUUUGAAGAAGCAUAUGCUCCGUCUCAUUGGCAACUCCUGCGCCGACACGGAUGAAAACCGCGAAAAGGUUGUCGCCUCGGGCGCCCUCGCCCCCAUCAUCGGAUUCCUCGCCGACGACGCCGCCUUCCACUUUGCUGUGCCCGUCCUCUACAACAUCCUCGUCGACUACGAGCCCGCCCAAGCCCAGGCCAGCGCGCAGUCCUUGACGUGGCAUCUUGUGGACUUGCUCGCUAGCACGCGCCUCGCCGACGCCCCGCACCUCGUCGGCAUCGUCGUCAAGAUCCUCGCUCUGCUUGCCACUCACGAAACCGAGGCAACCCGGGCACCCUCGCAGACACCAGCCGUCCUCCUCACGCUGGCCCUCGCGCCCACGACCGACGCCGAGGACUUUGUCUCCCUCACCGCCGUCGCCCUCGCCUACCUCACUCACGCGCCCGUCCAGGCCGCUUUUAUCGCUACGGGUUCCGUCCCUGUGCUGCUGGACACCCUGUACCAUCUCCAGACCCAGCUGGACGCUCUCCAGAUCGAGGACGAGGACGCCGCCGUCCAGCUCCGGGCGCUCCCGCAGUCCUUCAUCCAGGUCCUCGCCGACAUCUCCUACGCCGACGAGUUCCCCCUCCGCCACCCGCUCGGCUCCCCCGUCCUCGACACCCUCCAGUCCUGGCUGUCCCUGCCCAACCCCCACCUUCGCGCCGCCGCCUGCCUCUGUCUCGGCAACGUCGCCCGCUCCGACGAGGCCUCUUUCGCACUCGUCCGCGACAGAGCCGUCCACCUCCCGCUAGUCGCCCUCCUCCGCGACGCCACCGAUCCCCAGCUCCUCCACUCCGCCCUCUCCUUCCUCAAGAACCUCGCCAUUCCCUCUCAGAACAAGCCCGUCCUCGGUGACGCCGGCCUUUUCGACCCGGACGUCCUCCCCCGCGUCUGGGCCCUCGACGCGAACCCCCAGGUCCAAUUCUCCGCCGUCUCCCUUGCCCGCCUCCUCCUCGUCAACACCCCGCCCAACGUCCGCCGCCUCUGUGCCCCGCUGAGCCCGGACCCCUUGUCCCCUUCGCACGAGACGACGCAGCUUCACCGCCUCCUCGACAUCUUCGCCCGCUCCGACGCCGAGCACACAAGGACCGAGGCCGCCCGCGCCGCCGCCGUCGUCUGCCGCGUGCUGCACACCACCCCGAUCCCCCCCGUCCUGCCAGACUGGGACCCCUCCGAAGACGGCUACGUCUUCCGGCCCGAGAAGCCGCUGUCGCCCGCGGCCCUCGCCGAGGCUGAGGGCGACGGCAGCACCAAGCGGCGGGCCAAGUUCUACCGCCAGCACGCCGGGUUGAACAAGGCCCUCGCCUUCCUCGUCACGCAGAUGCGCUUCCCCGUGCUGCGCAGCGAGGCCUGGUUCGUCUUCGCCCUCAUGUGCCGCGCCAAGGACGGCGCCGACGUCGUCAUCCGCACGCUGCAGGUUGCCGGCGCGUUUGAGGCGCUGACGGAGGCCAUCACGGGGCGGACGUUCGCCGCCGCGGAAGAGGCCAGGGACGGGGCCAGGGCGAUCGAGGAAGGCCCGGCUGGCGCUGGGCAGGCGGCGGUUGUCAGUGGCGGGAGCAAUGCCGCGAUGGUGGAGGGUCUGGGAUUGGAGCCGCAGCAGGCUGACCUGUCACAGGCGGCGGGCAUGAAGAAAGUGGAUCGGGAGAAUGGCCUGGUCAUGGUCACGGAAUUGGUCAAGAAGCACGCCGACGAGUUGCCGGCGGCGAGGAGGGCAGCGUUUGAAGACAUGUUGAGGGAGGGCGGCGAGAUGCUCGUGGAUGAGAAGGGUAAGGCAAAUGCUUGA